UUUCUCGGCAGCAUCUGAUCCAAUAUUGAAGCUGCUCUUUUCCCCUUUUUGUGUUACUUGACACCGUACAAAUGUUGUGCACUAAUCCACAACGCGGCAAGAUGUGAUUGCCUUCCCUCGGAACCAAACAUGUGUCCGGGUUCAAUGGACGAAUAAGUUGAAGGUACUUUCCUGUUGUUGGCUGUUUCUCUGAAUGGACGGGAAUGACAUCAUGUCCCCCAUUGGGUGGUUGACACUCUUUCCCAAUCCCGUCUCCUGUUCAGGUACCAGCCAAUCCCUUUUCAGUGGCAGGCCCAGCCCCUUGAAGCCCGUAUUAAGCCCGAUCCCUUGGUUUGGGCUUUGACUGAUAUUUAAAAUAUCUUGGCCGUGCUCUCUCUCUUUCUUUUCCAACUAAACAUACCUAAACACCUUUGCCAUUCAUUUAUGACGGAGUAAACAGAGAGCAAGAUGCCUCCUCUCAACACGGCGACGAUUGGCAUGGCCGUCACGCCAACAGUCGUCUCCACCUUCUUCAGUCAUUACCUCAACCGCAACGGAGUCCGCCAAAAACCCACCGAGCGACUCUCCUACGACGAAGGCCUCCACCUAAUCCGUUCCUUCCUCGACUUCGCAUCCUCCCGUCCCGUCGAAGAACUCCAAGCCUUCACCGGCCAAUGGGUCCCUCAUCCUACCUGGGUACGCGUCGACGAGGUCGAAAUCCCCGAGUAUGAACUCUCCCGCGCCGCCAACCUGCUCCACGAACAACUCGGUCCCGAAGGUAUUCGCCGUGUCGGCGGCCGCGAGUGGUGGCAAUGGCGCAAACCCAAGAGCCCGCUGAAGGCUGAAUGGAUCGAGAUGAAGGCCGACUACGAAGAGCGCAAGGAGAAUGCCGACCCGGGCAAUCGCGUUAUGUUGUAUGUUCAUGGAGGUGCGUACUUUUUUGGUAGUGUCAAUGAGCACCGCUUCAUGAUUCAGAGACAUGCGCGAAAGCUGAGGGCCAGAGCGUUUGCGCCCAAGUACAGGCUGGCGCCGCAGUUUCCGUUCCCGUGUGGGUUGCAGGACUGCUUGGCUGCUUAUCUGUACUUGUUGACGCAGCAGGAGCCCAAGACGAUUAUCUUGGCGGGUGAUUCGGCAGGUGGUGGCAUGGUGUUGUCACUGUUGGUGAUUCUGAGAGAUCAGGGCAUCCCAUUGCCGGCCGGUGCGGUUUUGAUCAGUCCAUGGGCCGAUCUUACGCAUUCGUUCCCCAGUGUUGCGGGAGAUUGUCCAUUGGACUACGUUCCGCCUCAUGGGUUCCAUCACAGACCCUCUAGGGCAUGGCCGCCACCUGAUGAGGAUGAGAUGGAGGAGCUGAAAAAGAUUGCUGUCGAACAAAAGAAGGGCGACGGCGUGAAGGAGGGCAGUUCGGAUUCCAACAGCGGCAUUCCCACCAUUGGCGACGUUAUCGACAAACCCACUCGCCUGUCGCUCAUGAUCGACGGCCAACAAAUCGAUAUCAAAGAGCAGAUCCAGAUGUACACCACUAACGAGAUGCUCAAUCAUCCCUUGGUUAGCCCGAUUAUGCAACCCACCCUUGGUGGUCUCCCUCCUCUCCUCAUCAUGACCGGCGGGGCGGAGAUCUUGCGCGACGAACAGAUCUACCUGGCCCACAAGUGUGCCCACCCCGAGAAAUACCUCCCACCCGAAGCCAUGAUGGACGAACACGCCUGGGCUCAGCUGAAGCAAUACCCACCGACGGACGUCCAGCUCCAAGUCUGGGAUGACCUGUGCCAUGUGGCUCCUACUUUGAGUUUCACACGGCCAGCGAAAUACCAGUUCCGAGCCAUCGCCCAAUUCGGCGCUUGGGCCCUUGCCCGCGCUCAGCGGAGGGAGAUUGACAUUCUGGAUGAUGACGAUGUCUCUGUCAUUUCCGGCCAUGAGGGUGCGGAUGAGUCUGACGAGGACACCAAUCAGCCCGCCGUUGACCCAACCCAGCCGAACCUAGAACCCAAGCAGAAGCCCAAGAAAAAGACCAACAAGCCUAAGAAUAAGAGAACCAAGACGGUCGCCGAAAUGGAGAACGAAGCCAAUGCAGUUGGCAAAGCAGGCGACCCCCUCCCUCCCUUCCACCAGCACAUGAUCCGACAACGCGUCACCACCACCGGUCUGAUCCUACCUCUCCCUGAACAUUCCGACCUCCCAGCCUGCUGUAUGGACCGGAAUGUCAUAGGCGUAAUCAAAGCCGGCCCCGUGCGCAAGUGGCUCGCCCACAAGAAGAAAUUUGAUUCCCGCUUUGCUUCGACCAAAUCCAAGGUCCACAAGCUGAGAAUCAAGGACAUGCGCGAAGGCGGCUACGAAGUCUUCCCCGGUGGUGACGUGCCCCCUCCCUCAGCGCUCGCAGGCCGCAGAAAGAUCGGCCACCGCGAAAAGGACCAAAAGAAGGAGAAGAAGAGUUGGGGUCUCAGUCUCUGGGGCGUGUGGGGCAGUAAACACGACAAGAUGACUGUUGCACGCGGGGAAAAGGCCGAUCGCGCUGCCGACCGAGAAGUUUCCACCAAAACCGUCCAGGGAGCUGACGGAGGUGAGGGCGCUAGGAGCUACACCGACAUCGAAAACCAGGAAGGUACCGGCAUCCAAGGCAAAACGGCCGCUGGCGUUGAUCGUCCGGGUCUCGGAACCAGACUGUCUGGGUCUAGAUACAAGAGUGUUGCGGAUAAAGGGCAGACGGGGCCGCAUGAAGGUGAAGAGCACGAGAGGAUGCAGAUCGAUGAUAUUUUGGCUUACCGCAAGGGAGAGCUGGAGGAACAGCAUCAUCAGCCUCCAGAGGUCGGAGCGACGGGGAAGAGGCCGAUUGUGGAUGGCUUGGCGACGCCGUUUAGUCUGGGCAAGAAGGCAGAGACGGCUAGUAUGAUCACGUUGCAGAGCGGGAGGAGUAGGUUCACCGCGGGGACGGGAGUGCUGCAGAGUCCGCCGGGGACCAGCGCUGGUGCGUCGAGGGAUAAUUUGUCGUUGAUGCCUGGCGCAGAUGACGCUUACUCAUCUGCUGAAGCCCCGGAGUCUGGUACAGCGGUCGACGGCGUGGCAACGGGCAGUGGUAGUGCUCUGAAGAAUGAAGUGGAGGUGGAUGGAGACAGUAAGGAGGCGGAGCGGAUUGUUCCCCAAGAGGUGGAAGUGAGGAAUUAUGCUACCCAACCACUGGAUGCCACGAGGGGAAUAGGCAUGUCGUUGCCUACACCUCUUACUCCGGGAACCCCGGGGACGUUGGGAAGCAGACCGGGGCUGGAUCGGUUCGUUACUGCUGAUGAGUUUUUGAGUACCGGUGCUCCUACUCCUACUGCUAGUGAGCAGAAGCUGGCUUAGGAAGCGGAAUCCAGAGCUUGGGUGGUGACGAGACAGUGGAAGUGUAACUUUUUUUGAGUUUGUUCUUAGAUAUCCUUUGCUCAUUUGUCGGUUUGGAAGAGUUAGUUUGAUAUCCAUGGAGCGAAGUGGUGAUUGGUAAAAAGCGGAGGGAAUAAUGGGUGAUCGCUGUUGUUAGUUGCAGUUACUUUUGAGUUUCCUUUUGAGUUAUGAUAUCACUGUAUUAGUAGCGUUUUGUCAACAUCUGAGUUGCCAGCGACUUGCAAACUCCAUUCUGCUCUUUCCAGGACGGAUGAUUCCAUUCAGAAUAAGCGG